UAAAAGAGCGACAUUUGCCGGCACAUUCAUCUCGACAAACCCAUCACCCAUUCAACAUUCUUGAAUACUAGCAAUCUUCACAGCACCGUCUUUUAACAACCACAACCAACCAACUACUUUAUAAACUUUAUCAUCAUGUCCAACCUUUUCAACCAGGCUGCCGGCGCUACCAAGGAGGCCGUCGGGAACAUUCUCGGCAACAAGGAUCUCGCUGACAAGGGCCGUGGCCAGUGGGCCGAAGGCAAGGGCGAGCAGAAGAUGCAGGAGAGCCAGGCUCGUAGCGAGGAGGAGAACCCCAAUAUGCACCGCGCUGGCGACUCUGUCAAGAACACCGGCGGUGCCGCCAAGGAGAAGUUUGGCCAGGCCAUUGGCAACGAGCGCAUGGAGGCUGAGGGCCGCAGCCAGCGCGCCCAGGCCAAGGGCAACGCCGAGCACCACGAGAACCUUGCCAAGGACAACGCCAGGUCCGGUUUUUGAUCACGAAUCGCUACUGUAAUUUAAAAACAUGAUCCAAUUGUUGGAUUUUGUUUGUAUUUCAAAUGUUUAUAUAAAUAAAUCCUUAUUAAAGGAAACACACUUGCACUAAAGUGACGACAAUUGUGAUAUUAUUAUUAGCAACGUG